AUGUCAUGCCCUCAGUGCUUUUCUGGCCAUGUCAAUCCAGGCGCUCCUACUGGUCGUUGGGAUACCGUUCAUGGCCUUCGAACCUACAUUGCAACACCCCCGGCUGGCAAAAGCCCAAAAGCUAUUAUUGUCAUAAUUCCCGACGCGUUCGGUGUUGACUUUGUUAACAAUCAGAUCCUGGCAGAUCAUUAUGCUUCGGCCGCAGAUUAUCUGGUUUACCUACCUGAUUUCAUGAAUGGUAGGCGUGGCAUGGGCUCAGUACUGCAGCAUAAAGACGCAGCUCUUCCUGUUGGAAUUGCAGGUUUCUGUUGGGGAGGACUACAUACUGUCAGACUGACCCACAACACAGUGGAGACCAAAACUGAUAGCGGUCGCGCCCUAGCAGACGCGUUUUUUACUGCCCACCCAAGUAGUGUCGACGUCGCACAGGACAUUGGUAAUGUCGCGCGUCCUCUCUCCAUUGCAAUUGGCGAUGAUGAUGCCGUGAUGGGAAUGAAGCAAGUGCGACAAGCCGAAUCAAUCUUGGAGGGCAAGGAUGUCGAUACAAGCGUGGUUAUUUACCCCGGAGCGAAGCAUGGGUUCUCAAUUCGCGCAAGCAGGGCGGAGCCAGAUUCUAAGGAGACGCGACAGGCAGAGGAAGCAGAAGAACAGGCCAUUGCCUGGUUCAAGAGGCAAUUUAGUAUGAUCGAAUAG